AAAGUACUUCCGGUUUACUUCCUGCAUCAAAAAGUAGGCGGGGCCGGCAGCAGCACGUUCCUAUUCAUCGCAUCAACUUACUUACACACUGUACUCAGGAGAAAACCAAAAUGAAUGUUGAACAUGAAGUCGAACUUCUUGUAGAAGAGAUUAAGAGACUCGGCAAAGAAGGAAGUGACGGGAAAUGUGAGGUCACCUUUGGUGCACUGUUCAACGAUGACAAAUGUGCCAAUCUCUUUGAAGCCCUCGUGGGUACCCUGAGAGCCGCCAAAAGGAAGAAGAUUAUCAAGUAUGACGGAGAACUUUUACUUCAAGGUGUCCAUGACAGCACUGUCAUCAGUUUGCUUUGAUGAUGGUUUCAAUUAGCUGGGAUACCUGAUGUGGCUUAUUUCGCAUUAUCUCAGAGUGUGUUCGAUGAUUGUCUUUCUUGUAGUUUUUGUUUUCCUAGUGCUCUUUUGUGCCAUUACUCAUCUCUCUAUGCUAUAAACUCUUUGCACCCUUUCUAAAACUUUUGUGUGUUUUAGGGAGAAGGUUGUUGAGAGUAUAUUAUGUAAUGACACUUUGCCGUUGACACAGGGAGUCACAAAAAAAGUAUACCGUUGCCAAAAAGACACACAUGUUGGCCAAUAUUGUAAGAACAAUCAUUUGUAUAUAACUCAAAAUCAGUGCUGAUAAAAAAUUUGCACAAAUUGUAGGGAAAACCCAACAAAAUAGUUGACAGAGCGGAGCCGAAAAAAAGAUUCUGUUUCCCCUUCCAUGUUCCUAGUUCAUUUAUUGAAUUAGUUUGAAGAAAAGUGUCUGAAGUUAUAAACAAUACGACUUUUCGUUUUUUAAGCUGUAUCUUCUGGCACAAUAUGCAUUUAGUCACUUUUCUGUGUGAAUGCACCACUGUUAUUUAAGCUGUUUUAGACAACUGAAGGUGUUACUGUACAAUGAGUUUGGAAAGGUUUAUUUGCUCGUAUUGGAUUAUAAAACAAUUGAUAUUCUUGUGUCUGUUUUGGAAGUUUGCUGUAAAGAAAAUGUCAGAAGUCUAGGUACUUGCAAUGAUGUUUCAUCUGCAGCAUGCACACUUUGUGCUGUCUUUAUGUCCUUUGUGUAAAUCCAUUAUUGCCCUAUGAUAUUUUUGUUUAAUUAAAAGAUAUUUCUGUCCUGAAGGUCUAUUUUUAAACCAGAUAAGAUCCGUGUCAUCUGGCCUUUUCAAUAUAUUGCAAUAUUCGUGACAUACAAAUUAAGCUUUGAAUACUUUGAUAUAAAAGUACACUAUUUUUAUAAUACUUGACAGAAUGGGUCACACCCUAGUGGACAGAUAGUAAUUGUAAGUUAAGCUUCGAAGUGUGUGUGCGCCUGUUUGUGUUUGAGCAUGAUGAAAGUGAAGGAGGGAGAGGGAAAGGAUGAAGAGAAAAGAAUGAGAGAGAGGGAGAGAGAGAGAGAGAAGAUGAGAGGGACAGAGAAAGAGGAAAGAGGAGCAAAUACAUUGGACGAACGCAUCCCUUCUCCCUUUGGUCUCAUUGUGAAAGUACCAAAUAACGCUGAGAGAGUGUGCUGGCAUAAUAGUACGGUAUAUGAAGUGGUGAUGGUCACAGUACAGUUUUACUUUUAGACAUUUUUGUUUUAUGUGUUCCAAUUUUUAAAUGUAUUUCUUUACCACUGACACUGACAAAUAACAGCAUUAUCUUGAAUGAUAAUAAAGAAUGAAGUCUUUUUGA